AUGAAGCCCCAGGGCGAGUGGGCCUUUGUCAAGCCUGACAAGGAGGCGUUGGCCAAGGAGAAGACUCUCGAAUCCUUGCAGACAGAAGAUGUGAUGUUUCCCGCCGGUAAACUUGAAUAUGCCGGCACCAACGUCGUUAAGGAGACAAUCAAAGCAACCGAAGACGUCGUCAAAGAGAUGAGGACAUGGCUUAAGACAGGCAUAGCUCCCGACGGCACGCGAAUGAUGACUGAUGAGGCAUCGCAGUGGUAUCAAGAUUUUUAUCAAGCUACGGUGCAGGCUGAUGCAGAGCACGAGUGCCUGCCCGAGGGCUCUCUGGUGGAUUACUACUAUUGGAAUGCUCCCUACCUGGCGCAUAUUGGCAACAUCAACCUUGUUAUGAUGCACUCACAAGUGAACCUGCGUGAUGGUACUCACCUACCAUGUGAUCGCCUGCGCGAGUCGACAAAGGCAAUGAAAAACUUGGAGCGGAUGGCGAACAAGCGUUUGUCUGCUCAGCUGAGAGACCGAAACGCCUUUGUGGACACAGCUAUGGGGCCAGCCCACAGGGGUCACCCUCUAAGGAAGGAAGGACUAUACACUCGGUACUUCUGGUCUCCGUUGCAUCAGCGCACAAUCGAAGAAAUGAAGGGAAGGUUCCCCGAGAGGAUUCCAACAGUUGUUCAUGAGGCACGAGAACACACACCGUCAGAGGCAUCGAGUUGA